AUGUCUGACGAUAAGAAGCUAAUGGUAACCAAAAUUGGCAAAACAAAGGCUGACUUGAAAGCGAAUCCUUCUUCUUUGCAAAGAACAAUGUCCUUUGAUGACGCCAUUAAGGAAGCUCUACAUUCGCCUGUCACAGUUACAAAGACUACUCCUACCCAGAAAACAAAUAAAAAGUAUAACGCAAGACUAUAUUGGCCUGAUAUCAUUAAUACACCAGAAAAUAAAUGGACGUUUAGUUGUGUAGAGAUUAUAGAUAAACUUGAUAAAAACGAACAAAGAGCCACAGAGGAAAAGAAAAAUAUGGAAAAAUGUUUAAUGUAUUUUUACACCAUGAAAAAAAAAUUGAACCUCUUUGACCAUACUUAUACCGCAGCAAGUAUACUAUUUUAUCGUUUCUGGUACUUUUAUGGUUUGCCAACAUCAAUGAUAAAUUGUAUACAUGUUUCGCAGGCAAUUCUAGUCACAGCUUGUAAGACUAUGGAAAAUAAUAGGCCGAUUGACGCGUAUAUUAAGGCAACCUGUGAGUAUAUAAACCAAGUAAUAUAUGGGAAUAGAAACGGUGGAAAUAUUGAUAAAUUGAAAUGGGAAGUCAGGGACAAGCUUGUAAAUUAUGAACAAAGAAUCCUUACCCAUUUUGGAUUUGAUAUUAAUAUCGAAAAUCCAAAAGAAAUUGUGGAAGAUAUAUUCAGUGGGUUUUAUAGAUAUAAUAGAGAUUAUGAUCUACCUACGGAUGUUAAAGAAGCAUUACCAAAAAUUUUAGUGGAAGUUAGAAGUUUCAUUAUUCAGGCAGUAACCCAACCUGUCUCUUUAUUGUGUGAUGGUUAUUCUUUUUUGGCUCUAGCAAUGUUAUAUUGUGGUAUUCAAUACAAAAAAGUUGUCAAUGAUGAUUUUAAGUAUCCAAAGGAUUUCUUUAAAGAAAGAUUUCCAGUGAAAGUAACUGCAGAGAAGUUCGAAGCAUACUUCACUGAUUAUAGAUUAUUAGAACAAAGUUUCUUUGAUUUAAAGAGUAAUAAAGGUGAUAAAUUGCAAAUUAAUAAAGUAGAUAUCGAGUCGAUAAUAGAAGAGUCCUCUGAUAAUGAGGAAUCUAUUGAUGAUCCUUAUUCCUACAAUAAAAUAAAAUCUGGCCAGGUCCAACAAGACUUAUUGGAUCAUAUUGAAGAAAGAGUAAAUGAAUAUAUAAAUAGAAUAACAACAGGAAAGAAGCAGGCGCAUUCUGAUGACGGCACCUCUUCCCAAACUGCAUCAACAACAACGUCACCAUUUCGUAAUCAAGAACCCAAGGCCAAAAAGAUGAAGGUAUAA